CUGAAAAAGAAAACUCGUCAAUUAUAUCUUGCAACUGGUGUGGUCUCUUGUCCUUCAUCGUGCGGGUGUCUAUCUUCUUGCAUCGUACUUCUGAUCUCUCGCUCGUCGUCGAAGCACCUCGUUGCCCAGCAACCCCUAAACGAAUGACCACUUUUUGAGCAGUCGUAAGUAUUCAUUUUUGAUUGGAUGUAUCCUGAAGGCCACUCCUCGUGUUGGUCAGUUCUGCACGUGCACCACAUCUUCGUUCUCGUUUACUGGUAAGGGAAGGCGAUGUCCUUGUCUAAGUACUUAUUUCUAUCUCGACCUCCUCCCGUCUCGACCGGGUGACACGAUUUUUCGAAAUGUCGUUUACUUUAUUCGAGUUUCAAUUUCCUACUUCAGCCGAGAACGUGUUUUUGUUUCGAGUAAUAUAUAAACUACAGGGUUGAUAAGAAAGCAGACUACCUACACCCAGGUGGUCCAACAUCAUCACUACACAACUUGAAGUCGCGGCUUCUUUUCAAGCAGACGUUCUCCUAAGACAACAACCACUCCCUUUGUGGUUCGAAGUAAAUUUGUAGCGGAAGUAGAACACGAGCGACCGCUGUGAACAAAUCAUGCCGAAGAAGACUACCACCUUGCUCGCCGGCGCGCAGGUCGCGGCGGCUUUGAAGCAGGCCGGCGAAGAGGGCGACGGGCAGUUGAAGACGGCGAAGAAGUCCGUCGAGGGAGGGGCGGUCGGCGUCGUCCAUUCCCCGCGCACUGCGAAGAUGCUGGAGGACCGGGCAGGUACAAAGUUUUUUUGUUCGGAUGACUUUCAUCAUGGGCGCACGCUCUCGACGCGUAUUGAAGACUUAAAAGUACUAUAUUGGGUACUUAAAAUUAUUGAUGACCUUAGCGUUGUCGUGGUAGCUCUACUUGCCAACGUGGGCUUGGCCAGAUCGUUUGCUUUUUUGUGUACGACCGUAGAGUUUAUUUAUUUCCUUCUUUUCCAUGCUCAGGUAAACGCAAAACGGCGGGAGGCACGAAGACGCAGACGUUCAAUGGCCUGGGAAGACCCGUGGCGACUGGCGCCGAUGGAGGGUUCCUGCAGGUGGUCCAAGGAGAAAGCCGGACACGCUCCGGCAAGAGGAAGAAGAGGGACUGCAACUGGGGCCCUUGGACGCAUGUCAACUGGUUGCGGGGGAGUUUCCUUGGAGAGGCGGAGCAGCUUCUAGACUGUGGUGAAGGUCAACCGCUUUAUUGGAAACAUGCCGACGAUGGCCUGAUGGUUGUCUGUCUCGAGUCUUGCGCUGCAGUCGAUUGCGAGCCAACGGACCAGGACCUUGAGGACGCGCAAAUCGAUAGGAAAGGUUGGAAACCGUGGUGCGCAAACAAGCAUUGGUUUGCGGAGGGUGGCAACCCCAGCAGUGGGAUUGGUCGCAGCGAGCAGCAGUGUGUUUGGCAGGACGAAAAAUGCCAGGCGUGCGACUGGCACGCCGCAGCGUGCACGGUUCCUGGUGACGACGGAUUAUCUGGCGAUGCAGAAGCAGCUGCUCAAGAAGCAGCUGUUUAGAUGGAUGGACUUCUAGAGAUGGUGCAUUUUACGUAUUUUACCGGAAGCGUUAUAUUUUCAAAGAGUUGUAAUUACUUUCACACAGUCUCGAAAUUGAAGAUUUCCAGCUUUUCUUAAGAGUUCCAUGAUCAAUUCAUUUUUACAAUUUCACAGUUUCCGCUUCGAAAUAGAAGACUUCCAGCUUCUCACGUCAGGUUGGGUUCCGAAUUGCCAACUUGCAGCCCUUAAAGUCUAAAAACAAAUGUACAAGCCGCAGCAUAUUACAAGAGGAAACACCCAAAAUGCAAAAUGCCGAAGCGUUCACAUUUUUGGCUAUCGCCGGUCCCACCCAGACUGAGGGGUUUUGCCCUAAAGUCGCAGCCUACCAUCUUCUAGUCAAAAGCAGGCGCGCAAGCUAUACAAGUAUCACACCCGCCACCAAAGGAAAGAUCCGGGCCUUUUUGUGAUUGUGUCUUUCUUGCUGGUCUAGCGCACUGCGUGUUUUUUUACCACCCUGCUCGGAUUGAUUUCAUUUCUAUGUCAGCUUUAGUACGACCACACGAUUUCCGUCUUUUCAUCUUGCCACCACUGCAGCUACGCUGAUAACAUUUUUUUUGUAGGCUACUAAAUCAUCAGGAAGAGAAAAGUAGCACACAACAAAAGCAAGCAUCUUGGCAGCUACAGUGAGUAUAGCCUGUGGAAUGCACCAGAGGCUUAAGAGGAUGGACGAGCCCGGUGUUUUACAUGUUACCACCUUCAGAUUUCUACAACUUUGAUAUAGUUUUUCUUUUUUGUCAAUCUACGUCUAGCAUGUUAUGUAGGAUGUUUCAGCCCCACCUGAGUCGGCUCGAAGAAAAGUCUACCCUUCUGACAUUUGCGUACAAGAGCCUUGUAGAAACUUCUUUUCGUAUUUUGCAACAAAUUUACUUGCUACUACAGAAUGAGGCGCGUUUCUAAUCAUGACACCGCCUCGCGCCUUAACCUGUAAGUGUGAAAGUACGAAAGGAAGAACAUUUUUAUUUAUUGCUAGCGCCCCGCGGCACGGUCCGCGGCCUCCGCGCGCUGGCCAGAAGAUUUUCAUCUUCUCGGGAUCUUGAGCUAAGUAAAUUUCUACCCUUCAAGAUAUAUUUUUGUCCGCGCAAUAUCCUUGCAGCAAGACGUUGAUGCUUUUUUACUAGCCGUGCUUAGAAGACGAAGAUGAAGCACAGGAAGUACUACUUUGCAAAUCCUACUGACGCAGGUGCUGAAGAAACGCAAAAAAAUUCCGUCGAGUCAAUAAGUACUUCUGCACACCACCUUAAGCCAAGUGUUACUGUAGGCGAAGAACAAACUCAAACAGUAUGAGGCUAGUAAAAAGAUAAACUGUCACACCGGAACUGCAAUGAAUUCAUCGCGAUUAUUUUUGCAUUGUGACCAUGCUACUUCUACAUCAGCAUCUUGUUGGACUCGCGAUUUUGAAAAACAUUUUUUGUACUUACUUGGGAAUAGAACUAGAAGGUCUGUGG